AUGUUUUUACGACUGCUUUUACAUGCAUCUAUAAAGGCAAACGACGACAAACAUAUCGCAGUCUAUGUAAGGAGCAGCCCCAAUAUUGAAGAUCUUCCCACCAUGGACCCAAAGAUUUCGUUGAUUGGCACAGAAGUGUUUACGAUUUCAUAUUCAGUCUGGCCAAGAAAGAGAUUGUCCAUGACUAUGACUUCAUAUUCUUAUCAGAAUGUAUUAAAAUUUGGUGCGAGGCGUCUUUGUGGAGGCAUCCAUAUGUUCACGAAGUGUCCGACGAAUGCUCCAACAUUUUGCCUCAGCAUGAAAAUAUGCUCACAGCAUCGAUGA